GCGUACGAGAGACAAAACGAGAGGGACAAGGCGGCAGCGAGUUCAGUCGCGCUCCAGCGUUCGCGGAGGGUACACGCCGGUCGACCAGACGCCCGAAGACAACCUCGUCGCGCGACGCCAGUGCUGAGGUGACCGGCGGAAGAGAUUAACAGCACUUUCAAACCCCUGUAAUCGAGUGCCACUACUGAAGGCUAUUCAAUCUUUCCAUUGCGUUUUUAAUCAGUUUCAGAAACGUACUUGAUGUUUGCCCCUUUGAAAGAGGGUAAAUAUGUAUCUAAACGUUUUGUAAUACGUAAUUAAAUUAAUCUGUGUAAUUAGUGACUAGAAAAAAAUUACAAACAAACUGGUGGCAGCUAAAAACUUACGGAAAUCACAACGUUAAAAAUAUUUUAUGUCAUUAGUAUGAGAUAUUUGAUUUCGACCACGCAAACACCUUUAAUAGUGCGUAAAUUAUGAGGCUGACUUGUCCAGAUUCUAGAAUCUUUCAAUUAAAGUUACGUUGCAAGAGUCUGAAUGAGGUAGCCAUUAAUGUGGCUGUGAAAUAAUGUGCGGAAAAAACUUAAGAGAAAUUUUAUGUAAUCCCGUUUCAAACUGUAAAUUAAAACGAAGUUGGUUUUGAAUAUAUUAACAGAAAGGUCAGUAAUUGAGUGAAAAAAGUGUUAAAGCAAUAUUAGCUCUAAAAAUUUCAUCCAUAGUCUUUGUACUGUAUCAACUUUCAUUUUAUAGAAGUAUAUAAACAGAAAACCAGCUUUGCUUAUUGAAGACUCCUUUGUCCCGGAGAACGGCUAGUUCAGACACUUUAGGAAACUUUCGUAAUGAAUAAAAUAUUGAAAGUUACCCCACUGACGUCAUACUAUUAGGAGCAGUCAGUGCUACCAAGCAAUUCGUCACAGUAGCAGAUUCUGAACUUCUGGAAUCUUAAGGUGUCGCGUCAAAGAACAACCCUCCAUGUCAAUACCGCCUUAACUACGUAUUGUCUGUGGGGAGCUCUAAAUGUCGAGAUUUAUCGAUAACCUCGUAAUCUAUUCUAAUCGCGGUAGAACGCUAUCUCAUGGUAAUAACGAGCAACAAACACGGGAAUGAAAUCUGUAACUAUUGUUCUGCCUGUUGAAAUGACUACAUCUGAAACACGUGUUUUGACACGUGACUCAUUUGAAAAGUUAAUGAUGGUGAUUUAUUUUCACUUCUCUUUUUGUGACGCAAAUGGAUUUAUAAUAAACGACAUGGGAAUAUCGUGCGAUUAAUUUGUUUAGAUUUUCUUAGAAUCAUCAAACAAAUUGAGAAAACGGGGAGGUGAGUAGAGUAACAUUUGUUAACGAUGUUAAGGCGCACAUCUCACGCAUAUUGUCUUUUAGAAGGCAGCAAAUAAUUUCAAAAUUGACUGACAUUUGACGACAAUCUGAAAAUGUGUUAAUAAUGAACGAAGAACUGAGAGAGAAGUUGAAACGUUGGAUAGGAUGUGAAGAACCAGACACUUCUUAUGUGGGUUAUAUAGGAAAUAAAUUUCCGUUGGAAAUGAAUGACAGCGGAGCUCUUGGGUUCUCCGAACGUGAGGUGAGUCACGGAUACCAAUAAGUUAAGUACCGGAAGGCAAGCUCUUCGUAUCAAACGGGAGAGCGUGUUGGAAUGGAGUUGGCGUUGUACCGCUCAGCACAGCAGCAGGAGGGAUGCAGCGGGGCAGUUGUGCAGAACAAUCCCGCCGAAGACACCAACACCACGUCUUCGAUGACCACCAUGACCUCCUGUCUUCAACAGCAGAACAUUGUCCUUGACGACGGCUAUGGGUCUUCAAAUAGUUCCCCACACAGCUCAGGACUCCCUCAGGUUCAAUCCGGCGCGGCCGCUGCUCGGCUCAAACUAACACGGAACAUGACCAGUAGUUCCAAACCUUCAAAUUUGCCACCAACUUUCACAUGGCCCAACAAAAAAGACCUACAAGUACAGUUAGAAGAAGGCGAAAAGGGGUACGAGGCGCUGGUAGUGCCCUCUGGAAGCCCGUGUGCCGUGGACGGUGGGGCAGCAACAAGUAGAGACGGCAGAGAGACCUGGGGCCGCGGAGCGGACUUCCUGCUGUCUAUCAUCGGUUUCGCCGUCGACCUCGCCAAUGUAUGGCGAUUCCCCUAUCUCUGUUACCGAAACGGCGGAGGAGCCUUCCUGAUCCCCUACACGUUGAUGAUGGUCUUCGGGGCGGUUCCUUUGUUCUAUAUGGAACUCAUCCUUGGCCAGUACAACAGGCAGGGACCCAUCAGUGUUUGGAGGAUUUGUCCACUGUUUAAAGGUGUGGGUUUCUGCGCUGUACUGGUAGCAUUCUACGUGUCUUUCUACUACAACGUGAUAAUUGGCUGGGCCCUGUACUUCCUAGUGGCGAGCGCCACACCCGACCUGCCUUGGCUCCAUUGUAACAACACGUGGAACACGGACUGGUGCACGGAGAGCCAGCUCAACGGGACGGGUGACAUUAGCAACAAUGGUAGCGCCAACAUAUCCGUCGACGCCCCGAGCCCCAGUGUGGGCAGCGUCGCUGCAGGCGGCGGCGCGGGGAAACUCUACUUCUCACCGGCCUCAGAGUACUUCCACCGUGCCGUCCUGGAAAUGCAGCGGAGCGGUGGUCUCCAUGAGAUGGGCUACCCCAAGUGGCAGCUGGUCCUUUGCCUGCUGCUUGUCUACAGCAUGCUCUAUCUCUCUCUCUUCAAGGGCGUCAAGUCCUCAGGUAAGGUAGUGUGGGCGACGGCGACGCUGCCAUACGUCGUCCUGACCAUCCUCCUCAUCAGAGGCCUCAUGCUGCCAGGAGCAAUCGGGGGUAUAGUCUACUACCUAAAACCCGAGCUCGGGCGACUGGCCGAUACUCAGGUGUGGGUGGAUGCUGCGGUCCAGAUUUUUUAUUCGGUAGGUGCGGGAUUCGGGGUUCAUUUGUCCUACGCCAGUUAUAAUACGUUCCAUAAUAACUGUCUCCGGGACUGCCUCGUGACUACUGCUGUCAACUGUUUCACCAGCUUCUUCUCUGGUUUUGUCAUUUUCACAUACCUGGGGUUCAUGUCUCAUAAGCAGGGCAUCCACAUCAGCAAUGUGGCAACUGAAGGCCCAGGCCUAGUGUUCCAGGUGUACCCUGAAGCUGUGGCCACUCUGCCAGGCUCAAAUUUCUGGUCAAUGCUCUUCUUCUUCAUGCUUAUCAUGCUGGGGCUGGACAGUGCUAUGGGAGGAAUGGAAUGUGUCAUCACUGGUCUCAUGGAUGAAUUCCACUCCUUCUUUCAAGGCCGUCGUUUUGCCCGCGAAAUAUUCACUCUAGCAGCUGCUGUAGUCUCCUUUUCCAUUGCACUAAUCAAUGUCACACCAGGAGGUAUCUACAUGUUCCAUUUAUUUGACACAUACUCAGCUGGCAUCUCACUUCUCUGUUCUGCACUUUUUGAAGCCAUAGCAGUAUCGUGGUUUUACGGCCUGGAGCGAUUUUCACAAGAUGUUGAAGACAUGUUGGGCACAAAGCCAGGACUAUAUUGGCGAAUCUGCUGGAAGUUUGUUAGUCCAGCUUUUAUUAUAGGUGUGGUGAUGUUUGGUCUACUGUACCAGCAACCCCUUAAGUACAAUGAGUACAAUUACCCAAGCUGGGCUGAAUGGAUUGGUUGGACUCUGGCCCUCUCAUCCAUUCUCAUGAUUCCUCUUGUUGCCAUCAUCAGCAUCAUACAGACACCAGGCACACUGAAAGAGAGAAUUGCAAUCAACAUCACACCUCUAGAAGAACAUGAGAGCAUUCGGCAGACACACAAUGUCAGCCGGUUCCGCUGCAAGCACUGGCUUUAUGUGUAAAUAUCAAUCAAUGUACAAACGUGAGCACUUAACGAAUGGAAGUUUGUGAGAGAAAAUUUGAUCUUUUUUAUCAUCAUAACCAUCAUCUUUAUUAAAUAACUUAUGAUUUUAAAACUAUUAUUUUCUUAUAAAAAAGGAAUUAUUUGAUAAAUAAAAGCCACCAAAUAAUUUAAACAUUAAAAAAUUAAAAUUUGUAUUCAAUUCUCAAAUUCUGAACAGAUUAUUCUACUGAAAUGUUUUUUGGUUUGAUUUAUGUAAGAUAAAUUGUGAAAGAUGAUCUGCCUUGAAACUAAAGAUUGAAGCUUUCAAAUAAACAUUAAUUUUAAAAUAGAGAUAAAACAUGUUCCUGAUUUUUAGUACUAAAACAUAAAACUAACAAGAGAAAAUUUAACUCUAUAUUGGACAACCUAAUAAGCAGUCCCUCUACAAACUAAAUCUCUGGAUUGUGCUUAUCAGAAUAAAUAUUAUAUUCACUGCAAAGAUGAACCAACUGAUGGUAACAGAGUUUAAAAUAUGUCUUGGCUGUAUGAUUCAAUCAUUACAUGUUCUUUUCAUUAUAUUGUUUAACCCAGUGCUUGAAAUUGGGUGGAAUGGAAUAGAACUUCAUCCCACUUCCUUCCGGAAAAUUUGAAACAAUUCCCUUAUUCAAGUUUGGCAGAAUUAAGUCUAAUCUGAAAUUCGGUUCAACAUCUUCCAUUUGUUUCUCUCAUAGCAGCUACAAUUUAUCUCUAAAUACUUAAAUAAAGAUUUUAGGUGUGGUCUUCUGGGUUGUUGUGCCAUAUAAUCUGGUUGUGUAUCAAUAUUUUGGAGAAAUAUGCUGCUUCCAUCUUCAUGGAAAUGUUCCUGACUACAUGAUGCAACCACCCAGAAGACCACAGUCUAAACUCACACUGCCAUAAAAACCUCUGAUACUAAAGACAUAAAGAUUGUAUGAUAAUUUAAAAUCAAACUAAUACAAAAGUGAUGAGCAACUGAUUAAGAAGAUACUGGCUUAUAAACGAAUUAUCAAAUUCAUCUUGAUAUUUGCAUUCUUUUGUCAAGUUCUUUUUUGUGAAACAGAAUAAAUAAUAUCGCACAUUUAAAUACAGUAUGAAAAGAGUGUUUCUGAUAUAAUGAUAGCUUAUGAAAACAUAAUCUUUAGAAUUAAAGGCUCACUGUCACUUAACUUAAUGAACAAGAAAAAAAAGUAUGUUCAUAUUAGUAUAAGCCAAAUAGUACAUGUCAGUCCAAUAAUCAUUCAAUAAUAUUAAUGUAAGGAUACAAAUGGAGUGAAAUGCAGGGCAGACCGACUAUAGAAAUAUUCUGGUAUUAGUAAAUUAUGCUGUUAGUAUCAAAAAUUGGAUUAUCACUGUUUUAAAACAUGCAUAAAAAUCAUAGCAGGAGCAUUUGUUUGCCAAUGUUAAAACAUAUGUCUAUUAUAAUCCAAUUAGUUUAAAAUUAAAGAAAAUACAAAACUGUGUGUUCAAUUUACAGGUGUCUGAAUAAGAGGUAUAGAUGAUAUGUACCUGUUAUCUACGUGUAAGAAUAUUUUUAAUAAAAAGCAACCUCAGCAUUUUCUGUGUAUGUAUUUAUGAACUCGAAUCAAAUGUGAAAAAUAAGUGUUCUCUGUUUAGUCUCAAUACUACAGUGAGUAGGUAAUGGUUUAUAAAGCCAUAUUCAGAUAUUUUGUACAUUGUUCUGAUAUAUCUCUCAAUUGUCAAAAUGAUAAUGAUACUUCAUCAAAGCAUCACUUCACAUAUGUCUUGCAUAUUUAAUUCUUCCUCUUAGCUUCAUUCCUUGAGUUUGCCAUCUUCAUUUGCUGUCUGAGUCACAUUCUUUCAUAAUUUAUUUCAUACAGGCUUUCCAUUUGUAUGCAGGCUUCUCUUUUGUCUCUGUGGCAAUCUUUAGUUACUAAAGAGGCUUUGAUGAAACUUUACAUGCUUGGACUUCCUUGAUUUACAUUUAUAUGUUUACUGUCAUGUGAUUUAUGUCAGUACCUUGGAUGGCACUACAUUUGAAAUUUAAUGAAACAGAUCUUAAAUGGUAUUUCACACUUCACAGCUCAUUAAGAGCUUACUAGUAAGAUUUUUGCCAGUUCUUGCUGUGAUAUGGUACCAGUCACUGCAUAACCACUCACACACUGUUCAGUUAAGGUAAAUAAAUAAACUAUUCUUAUAAUUCUCAUCCUUUUACACUUUUGGCAAACUCUGGGAUGAAAAAUAAAAUGAUUCCAUUUUGGACUCCCCGUAAACUGAAUAAUAACGAAUUUAUAAUUUUAUUGUAUUCAUUUUCAUAAUUCACUGCUUUGUGGAUUUUAAUGGCUGAAUACGUAUUAAGAGGCCUAAAAUAAUUCUAAGCACCAUAUUAAAAAAAAAUUAAUUUUCAGUCAAAUCAUUGCAGACUGCAAAUCCUAGACCAAAAAAAGAAAUAAAAGUAUACAACACAAAUCUUAUCUACAAAGUAACUGAAAGGCAGUUUCAAGAUGCAGGGUGUGGAAUAUUUAACUAAGAAGGAAGUUCAUAUUUGUAGUGGUAAAGGAUACCUAAUAGGACACAAAAAUGGCAGAAUAUCAGACUGGCAUGGAAAUCACUUGAAGUCUAAAUGUUGUGGAUAGACAUGCAAUGUCCCUAUCACAUAUUAUAAAUAAAGGGUUCAGAACAGAAAUGAUAAAAUUCCCAACUUUACAUAAAGGAAAGUUUGUGGCUUGGCUAAAUCCUUCAUAUUCGAUAAAAACUUGUGGACAUGGCAAGUCAUAGAUUAAUUUAGUUUGUAUUUAUUGUCACUAAAUGCUUUGUAUCCAGACAAUCUAGACUUCAAAACCACGUCUGGUGAUCAUGAGCUGGAAAAUUGAUGUUCCUUUUUAAGAUCGGUAGUAACCUGCAAACUUGAAACUGCAUUUAUUCUACACAUUAAAAUUCCUACAUAUUUUGUUUCACAUCUGAUAUUGUAAAUGAACUGUAAAGAAUUCAAACAAUAUCCUGCACAAUGAAAACUUAAGUUUGAUUUCUUCUAGUAUAUCAAUCAAAUUUAUUAGUUGUAGUCUAUUUUCAGCAAAUUUUUCAUAAUAUAUAUGAAAAUAUAGGCUUGUGGUAUUAAUGUGUCCAUAUGUAUGCCCAUCCGUCCGUGUGUACUUCUCUCUGUCCAUGUGUACAGCUGUUCAACCAUGUGAUUCUUCCUCCGUAAUAACUUGUGAUGGAUCUUCAUAAAACUUCAUACAAAUAUCAUGCGACUUGAGGCAACCCCAUCUUUGUACAUCUUGAAUUUCAUGCCAUCACAAUAUCAACUUGGAGGCCAUGUGAAUUAAUAAUAAAGACAGAUCAAAUAUUCCUAAAAAUUCUAUAUGAAACACUGUUUUAUAUGCUAAAAAUUACAAACAUGAUGGCAGUGUAAAACUUUGUAGAUACAUAUGACAAAAUUUCAUAUAACUGGAAUCUGUAAUAGUGAAAACUAUGAAAAGAUAUGUAUUCUAGAUUGUAUAAUUAUUAAUUUGAAGUUCCUCCUAAUUUCAUGAAUAGUAAAACAUUUGAAGGAAAGUAAGCAGAAUAAUAAUUUUUUUACCAGAAUGUCUGACAUUCUAGAAAGAUGCCGGUACCCAGGUGUUAAAAGGAGUGGGCAGUACUUUUAAAAGUUGUCAAAAAUAUUAAAUUGUGAUGAUAGUAGUGAAUUUUACACAGUCAUUUACUAUAACACUCAAUUACAUAAUAUACUAAUACAUGUGUGAGUUCUAAGGGUAUGUCUACCACAGCAACAAAUAAUAUAAUUGUAACACCACAAGUAAUCCACUAAUGUAAGAUAUUUAAUCAAUCAUCUGCCAAAUGAAAUAUGAUCUCCUAAAUUAUAUAUAUAUAUAUAUAUAAAGAUUUGUAUUAAAUUUAAAUUAUAAUAUACAAACGUUGCAUUAGUCUUGUAAGCAUCCACUUUGUAUUAUGCUUAUACCUGAUACAAGACAAAAGAUUAGACUAGUAAAGAGCAUAGAAUUUUGUGUGUUCCCAACUCUGAAUAUGGCUGUCAGUCUUUACGGAACAGAGAUAAAUGUACAGGUUUUAGAGUUCCUGAUAAAGAAUUUGUAUGGAUACAAAUAAUGUAACUUUGUACAUUUGUGUGCCAAUACAGUAAAUUCAGUGUCUAGCUCAUAUCACAAAAUAGAGAAGUACGCUUGAUUGUUGUACUGUGUAAAUACAUGUUUCAGGUGUAUAAUCAUGUGAACAUAGAAAUUUUAGGAUUAAAUAUAUUAGUAUGUAUCAUAAUCAGAGCAGUUGCAUGUAAUUGUAAUAAAAAAUUAUCAGUAUAA